AAUACAACUUAUACGGCGGAAGAAUCUCUUAUCUUCUCGCCUCUCCUCUUUCUGUGAUCCUCCUUCUCCCUAAUUUCUCCAAUCUUCUACAACCCAAAGUAAUCUCCAUUUUCCUCAUCCAGAAGCUUCCUCUCACUGGACUGAUCAUUUCUCUGUCUUUCGAUCGCUUGGAUUCAGACCCUUUUGAAUUUCACGUUGAAGUUAGUUUCUGGGAAUUGGAUUCCGGAAUCCUUAGAAUCUGUGGAGAAUCGGUAAAAUCGAGCUCCGGGAAACGGACGGCUAAGAAAGCUUUGAUCGGUGAUUAAAAAGAUUUUGGAGAAGUAUAAGAUGGCGUGUUUGCAAGGGCCGGUAAUUUGCCCCACCGUUCGAGCAAAGCGAUCGGGGUUUGACACUCUGCCUGUGGUAGGCCCUUUGGUGAAGGCUAGGCUUGGAUUCCGAGGGAUCAGCGGCAGUAUCACGAAGGCGGGUUUUGCUUCCCGCCCUCGAAAUGCUCGAAAAUGCACAAGAGUGCAUUGUACUUUCAGUUCUUCGUCGGAUGGGAACGGAAGCAUGGCGGAGAAUUUCAAUGAAAAUGACGAAGAUUAUGUCAACUCUAGCGUACUUGAAGCCGUUGAGGUGAAGAGUGGAAUUGAUGGAUUCAUGAUCAAGAUGCGGGAUGGUAGGCACAUGAGGUGUGUCCAUAACAACCCUCAAGGGGGGCAUCUCCCCGAUUAUGCUCCGCAUCCUGCAAUUGUAUUGAAGAUGGAGGAUGGGACCGGUCUUCUUCUCCCAAUAAUUGUUUUGGAGAUGCCUAGUGUGUUGCUCAUGGCAGCAAUCCGCAAUGUUCCUAUUGCUAGGCCAACUAUGUAUCAAGUGGUGAAGGAGAUGAUUGACAAGAUGGGUUAUGAGGUCCGACUUGUCAGAGUCACCAAGAGAGUGCAUGAGGCGUAUUUUGCUCAGCUAUACCUCAGAAAGGCAGGUAGUGAGACAGAGUGUGUCAGCUUUGACCUUCGGCCUUCAGACGCCAUCAACAUUGCUGUACGGUGCAAGGUUCCCAUACAGGUCAACAAGUACCUGGCAUACAGCGAUGGAAUGAAAGUCAUCGAAUCUGGAAAGUUCUCAACUCAAGGCCCUGCUUCAGAUGGAUUAUUAUUUACUCAACUGGAUCGGCCAAAUGGUCAACCAUGUGUUGAAACGAAGGAGUUUAAUCUUGUGCGCAACAUGCUUAUAGCUGCAGUUGAGGAACGAUAUAGAGAUGCUGCUCAAUGGAGGGACAAGCUUCUCCAACUUCGUGCCAGAAAGAACUUGGCAUGAAUGAAUCGCCCGUAGGGAUUUAAAUUUGUACAUAGACAGCAUUCUUGGAAGUUUGAUCAGCUCAUCGGCUACACCCGCAAUCCGCCGUGCAUCUCCGCUCUUCUUAUAUAUAUAUAUGAAUAUAUGAUGUAAAAAGCCUGUGAAUAUAGUAAAUAAUUACGUGUAUGUAUAGACUAUAGUUAAAACUUACUAGCAAUGUAAUGGCACUUGUUGGUUUCUGCUAAGCCACUUAAUUGAGAGUUCGUAUUGUGAUUGGCAUGCGUGAUUCCAUGCCAACUUA